CCUUGGCCCCGCCCUCUCCCUCCGGGUCCCUCCUUCCCUAACCCUCGUCCCUCCCUCUUUCCCUCCUCCCGACACCUCCUCCUCCCGACACCUCCUCCUCCCGACUCCCUCACGGCGCCGGUAAGUUUCUUCGCUCGACACCGCGCACAGACCCCGGGCCCGGCCCCGGCCCCGCGACCAUGCUGUGCGGCCGCUGGAGGAGCCGCCAUCGGCGGCGCGAGGAGCCCCCGGUGCCGGCCCAGGUCGCAGCGCCCGUCGCGCUCCCGUCCCCGCCCGCACCCCAGGACGGCGGCAACAAGAGGCCCGGGCUGCGGGCGCUGAAGAAGAUGGGCCUGACGGAGGACGAGGACGUGCGCGCCAUGCUGCGGGGCUCCCGGCUCUGCAAGAUCCGCUCGCGGACAUGGCAAAAGGAGCGGCUGUACCGGCUGCAGGAGGACGGCCUGAGCGUGUGGUUCCAGCGGCGCAUCCCGCGCGCGCCUUCGCAGCACAUCUUCUUCGUGCAGCACAUCGAGGCCGUCCGCGAGGGCCACCAGUCCGAGGGCCUGCGGCGCUUCGGGGGCGCCUUCGAGCCGGCGCGCUGCCUAACCAUCGCCUUCAAGGGGCGUCGCAAGAACUUGGACCUGGCGGCGCCCACGGCCGAGGAGGCGCAGCGCUGGGUGCGCGGUCUGGCCAAGCUGCGCGCGCGCCUCGAUGCCAUGAGCCAGCGCGAGCGCCUCGACCACUGGAUCCACUUCUAUCUGCAUCGAGCGGACUCCAACCAGGACAGUAAGAUGAGCUUCAAGGAGAUCAAGAACCUGCUCCGCAUGGUCAACGUGGACAUGAACGACAUGUACGCCUACGGCCUCUUCAAGGAGUGUGACCGCUCCAACAAUGAGUGGCUGGAGGGGCCUGAGAUCGAGGAGUUUCUGCGACGGCUGCUGAAACGCCCCGAGCUGGAGGAGAUCUUCCAUCGGUACUCAGGCGAGGACCGGGUGUUGAGCACCCCCGAGCUGCUGGAGUUCCUGGAGGACCAGGGUGAGGAUGACGCCACACUGGCCCACGCCCAGCAGCUCAUCCACACCUAUGAGCUCAACGAGACAGCCAAGCAGCACGAGCUGAUGACUCUGGAUGGCUUCAUGAUGUACCUGUUGUCGCCUGAGGGGGCUGCCCUGAACCCGGCCCACACGUGUGUGUUCCAGGACAUGAACCAGCCCCUGGCCCACUACUUCAUCUCCUCCUCCCAUAACACCUACCUGACCGACUCUCAGAUCGGUGGGCCCAGCAGCACCGAGGCCUAUGUUAGAGCCUUUGCCCAGGGAUGCCGCUGUGUGGAGCUUGACUGCUGGGAGGGGCCAGGAGGGGAGCCGGUCAUCUACCAUGGCCACACCCUCACCUCCAAGAUCCUCUUCCGAGACGUGAUCCAGGCAGUGCGUGAUCAUGCCUUCACGCUGUCUCCGUACCCCGUCAUCCUGUCCCUCGAGAACCACUGUGGGCUGGAGCAGCAGGCUGCCAUGGCCCGUCACCUCCACACCAUCCUGGGGGACAUGCUGGUGACGCAGCUGCUGGACUCCCAGAACCCUGAAGAGCUGCCGUCCCCAGAGCAGCUGAAAGGCCGGGUCCUGGUGAAGGGGAAGAGGCUGCCAGCUGCUCGGAAUGAGGACGGUCGAAUUCUGUCAGACCGGGAGGAGGACAACGAAGACGAGGACGAAGAAGAGGAGGCGGGGGCCCCAGAGCAGAGGCGGCGGGCCAAGCAGAUCUCCCCGGAGCUGUCGGCCCUGGCCGUGUACUGCUGUGCCAGCCGCCUGCGGACCCUGCGCCCUGCCCCAGCCCCGCCCCAGCCCUGCCAGGUCAGCUCCCUCAGCGAGCGCAAGGCCAAGAAGCUCAUCCGAGAGGCAGGGAACAGCUUCAUCAGGCACAAUGCCUGCCAACUGACCCGUGUCUACCCACUGGGGCUGCGGAUGAACUCCGCCAACUACAACCCCCAGGAGAUGUGGAACUCGGGCUGUCAGCUGGUGGCCCUGAACUUCCAGACGCCAGGUUAUGAGAUGGACCUCAAUGCCGGGCGCUUCCUUAUCAAUGGGCAGUGCGGCUAUGUCCUGAAACCUGCCUGUCUGCGGCAGCCUGACACAACCUUUGACCCUGAGUGUCCUGGACCCCCCAGAACGACUUUCACCAUCCAGGUGCUGACCGCGCAGCAGCUGCCCAAGCUGAAUGCCGAGAAGCCAAACUCCAUCGUGGACCCGCUGGUGCGCAUUGAGAUCCACGGGGUGCCCGCAGACUGUGCUUGCAAGGAGACCAACUACGUGCUCAACAAUGGCUUCAACCCCCGCUGGGGACAGACCCUGCAGUUCCAGCUGCGGGCUCCGGAGCUGGUGCUGGUCCGGUUCGUGGUAGAAGAUUAUGACGCCACGUCCCCCAAUGACUUUGUGGGCCAGUUUACACUGCCUCUCAGCAGCCUGAAGCAAGGAUACCGCCACAUCCACCUGCUUUCCAAGGACGGGGCCUCACUGUCACCAGCCACCCUCUUUGUCCACAUCUGCAUCCAGCGCUCCUGACGGCACAGCUGAGCCACCCUGGGUUCUGCAGGUGCCAGUCUGCAUCCGUCAGCGGAGGCCCUCUCCUCCUCUGGAGAGGAGGGGUGACGGAGGGCCAGCCCUCCAGCCUCCCACUUAGCCUGCCCGCCAGGCUCUGUUCUCAACUGGGUGCUGAGGGCCGCCUCAGCCCCUCCUGAAGAACAGGCAGUUGAUCUUUUCCCUGGGCUGUGAGAUGCCCCCAGCUCCUCAGGUGCUCAGCCCACCUGGUCGUCGUGGCUUCUGAAGAGCCAGGCCCGUUGCUGCCAGGAGACUUGGGGAGCAGGACAUGUAAGCCCUCAGCCACUCUCUGCCCCGUCCCAGCCUCCUUCCCACAAGGAGCCCAGCCACCCCCUUGCCCCCUCCCCAGGCGUUAGCCACCCCGUAAGGCCCUCCUUCCCCCUCCAGGCUUUCUGGGCUCCUCCCUCCAGCUCUGGAACCUGAGCGCCACUCCCUUGUUAAAGCAAGCAGGGAGAGGGAGGCUCAGCCCUGGGUAAACCUAGGAGGAGAUUUUUAACUUGUCUUAGAAGAGCCCUGGAGAGGACAGCAGAACAAAAUAAAGAAGCAAGUUUACUUUACCACUGCCACGCCCUGAGCACCUCUGAGGCCACACCCACAGGCCUAUGAGGAGGGACGGGGCAGAGGGAGCGUCCCCUGGGCCUCUUGCUGCAUCUGGGCUCCCCUGUCUAAGACAGCCAGGGGUGCUGGAGGAGCUGCCGCAGCUCAAAAUAGCCCUGACCCUUCCUCUUGGCUCAGAGCUGCUGCCAGCAUCACAAGACUGUGAGGACAGCAGUUCACAAAGCCACCCCCACAGCAUGUACACCAGGGGCCUUGGACGGGGAGCGGGGCAGGUAGGUGGGCUUCUGCCAGAGCAGGAUUGUUGUGGCCCUCAAGGGGGCGGGGACAGGCCUCUGAGGGACUCCAGACAGAGUCCCCCUUUCCAGGCUCAGCUGGGUUCGAGGCCCCUGUCUGCUCAGUAGACGAAUCCCAGAGACCUGGAACUCUCCUUCCACCAGCCAACCAGCCUUCUAGACAAAGGCCUGGAAAGCAGCGGGCCGCCCCAGGCCCCCCUAGAGAUGCUGGGAGAGGUGCCCAGACACCAGAAGGCAGAAUCCAGAGGAGACCUAUCAGAAAGGUGACUUUCUGGGAUUAAAUGUGGAGCCCUGGCAUCUGGGGUUCCCUCAGGCAACAGCACCAACCCUGAACAAGGGCUGAGCUUGACGGCAGUUCCCGGAGGGUGGGCUGGGGCAGGGGCUGGGUUGGGCUGGGGCUGGAAGCUGCUCCCAUAGAACCCAGGGCUGGGCUGUCUCCACCUUCCUGCCUGAUGCAGGAAGUGACAGCCUCACCCUGCUCUCGGUUUACACCAAGAGGGGCAUUUGGUUCUGAGGAAUUAGUGUGUCUGAAAGAAGACAAUCAGACUCUGAAGGGGCCCAGAUGCCCCCCUGUCCAGGAACCGUGAAGGAAUGGGCUGGGCGGCCUUGGUACACAACACUCACGGCUGUCAGGAGAGGCAGGCGGCCAAACUGCAGCCCCACGGUUGGGGGCACGGUGAGGCCAGGUCCAGUGUUGGCAUAUGAAGGGCAACUGAGAGCUGUGCGGUCCCCGCAGGGCCUGGGCUGGGGCUCCUGUCAGGUGAACCCGGGCGCCCCGGCUGAGCCCCCCGUCCUGCUUCUCGUCUCUGGCGUGGUGCAGCAGAGGAAGGGUUUACUGCUAGGAGAAGAGCCCGAAGGCUGGGAAGAUGGCCUUCAAAGGGCGAGAGUCUUUAAGGCAAAAAAGCUGACAGGAACUGAUUAUGGGAGCUGGGGGCAAAGAAGAAACACAGCUCGUAAUUCUGGAGACCCUGGGUGGAGACCACCCACAGGGCUGUGUUCUCCCAGCCCAAACCUAAGACGGGAGCGAAGGCCCGCAGGCCCGCUGUCAGGAGCUGGAGUCAGCUGGUCUGGGGCUGGGGAGAGACGUAGGGUGGGGGUCUAGGAGGACUGGGAAAAGGCCUCACGGAUGAUCCCAGGGGCAGAUCCUGUGUCCUCUCAGGGUGCCGCUCAGGGCCCAGGUUCCCUGGGAAGGGGCUCGGAAGCACCAGCCAUGGGGGGAAUGGAUGAAAAGGUCCAGAGGAAGAGAAGAGGGGGUGGGCGGGGGGACACACACGACACACAGGAAGUCUAGAUGCGGUUUCUCAGGCCCUUCCUGGGAACCUUUCUGGUUCAGUGGGACCUGCCGGCCUGCAGCAUUAAAAGCACCCCCAGUGUCUCAACAGAACCACCCGGCCCCUGGCCUGCAAGGGGAGGUGUGACAUCUGGACAAGGGGGAGGGGCGGUGCCUGCGCCCUCCGUCAGAGGAGCCACGCUGACCCAGACCGAGGGUGCUGGCGCUGAGCCUGGUUGCUCCUCUUACACAGAGGAACCUGAGUCAGUACCGGCUCCUUGCUGGCGGGUGGGAGAGGUUAGGGGCAAAGAGCCAAGCUGGCCCUGAAAGGGCAGCCUUGUCAAAGGAAGGUGUUCAGAAGUUGCCCGGUGCUGUGGUCACGAGGGCCUUCCCUGCAGAGCGAGAGGGCUCCAGCCCAGGCCGGGGGCUGCAUCGGUUCCACGGCCACCUGCUGACCAGAGGAAUACAGGAGGGCGGGAGGGUUUUGUUCAGCUGCUUCCUUUAUUAGAAACAAGUGAGAUGUACCAAGCAGAACAGCAAUGCAUUUGGCAUUUCUCCCCCCACCCCGGAAAUGGAUGCCCCUCCCACAGCCUGGAGAAAAGCCAAGACAGAAAGGUGAAGCUUCCCACUUCCCUGUUCCCCGAUGUGGCACCCUGCCGGCCGGCAGUCAAUAUUUUUGCACUGAAUUGAGUGAAAUUUCCCCCACGGCGUCCCUAGGGACGGUCUGUUUGCAGGCCUGCCGUCACCUUGCAGUAGUAAACCACAGCCCCAGCUCUCCUCUGGUUCUGGGGCAGGCGGGCCAGGCCUCAGGAAGGCUGCCCCUGGGUGAGGAGGCACCGGCCAGAAAUACGCUCCUGCCCCACACCCCACCCCGGCCUGCCACCACCCUCUCCCUGGCUGUAGCUCUGUGAAGCUAUCCAGGCCUUUGGGCCAUCUUUGGACAAAGAAUUCAAGACACCCACCCUGGGUUUCAGCAAGUAUGUGACGGCAGUUAGAAGGGAGCUGCAGCAAGGCCUGAAAUUUUCCAUAAACCGAGGUGUUGAAGUGGCUUGGUGUGGGCCGGCCUUCAAACCAGAUGUCCGCAUCUUCGGAAGUGGGCACGCGUGGGGGAAACGAGCCCUAUGUAGUUGACCUCAGUCCAGAGCUGAGGCCUCCUUUCUCCCCAGCUCUCUCCUUACAGAGUGAGGAGGCCGUGGGAAUGUGCCACAGGGUCAGGGGUCAAAUGCAGAGUCAAUCCAAAGGCAGGAGUGAACAUCUGGCACAUGGAGUCCGAGAGCCCAGCGCUGGAGGCAGAGGUUAAGGGCCACACCCGGGAAGCCCACCAAGAGGAGCUGCCCAAGGCAGGUCCCCACGGAUGAGUAUGGAGGCCCCGGGCCUUUCCCUCGUUGGGUUCAAGCCAGCCACGGGUCCACCAUCCUGCAAGGCCCCAAACCCCAAGCACUGGUUCUCUCUGAGCUCUCUGACCUGAAGUCCUGGAACGAGUCGCGUGAAGAACCCAGGGGCUGUUUGGGCAAAAAGGAGACUAACAGCAACCACCGAGCCGACUCCCGCAGACCUGGGCGGCAGCGGCGCUGAAGGCGGCAGGGUCCCUACCAGGAGACAACGGCAGAGUCCAAGGAGCAGUCGCAGGGUUUUGGAGGGAGACACUGGGGCCUCUCCAGGAAAUCUGUUUCUUCCAGAACAGGCACGGGCCUCACAGUUUCCAUUCCGUGACUUCAGUCACCAAGGCAAAGCUCACUCCCGGCGCUGUCGUGCACCUCAAAUUUCAGAGGCAGCUCGGGCUGGGACCUGGCCCCGAGCUGACCAAGCCUGUGACAGGGAGCUUUUCCAAGUUCCAGGUCCUGCCCAAGGUAGGAGAGUUGGGCACUCUGUUCUUUGACAUCCUUAGAAGCCUGCACAGGGCGGGCUGCUCUGGGCCUUGGGGUGUGUCCGAUGGCUGUGGGGCGAGCCCUGCCUCUCCGACUCCCACCGUCCGUGGAAUGCAGUGCACACCUUGCUAAGAACAGCAGCUUCUUUGGUCUGGGCAUCUCGGAGUCAAGGAGUCAAAGGUCAGCCAUGAUCAGUGCCUGCAGUUUGCAGCACGGGGACGACAAGGAGAAGGGAGGCCCCUAGAGGCCUCUGAUGAAAAGCCAAUCAGUGGAGUUGCUGGCUCCAGCAGCCAUCUGCGGGAAGCUGGCAGCACCCCUGCGUGUGCAGGGGCAGAACAGCCCCAUCCCAGGCACACGAUUCCCUCCAGCUCUGGGGACCCUGCAGAAUCAGCCUCUGGCAUAGCUCACCAACACCCACAGCCUGCAACACGGCCCUACAGGCCUGCGAGCUAAGGCUUCCUCCCCUCUACAAGUAGCUGAGAGGUGAAAGCAGCCAGGUGGAAGCACCCCACCCCACACCAUUUACCUCCUCCUAGAGCAAAACUUACAUACAAGCCUGGACAUGGGUUGCUGCCGACAGUUCACAGCCCGAUCCUCCCCAAGCCACUGGGCUGAGCACAACUGAGGGAUGCCUACACGACAGCCGUGCGACCAGAAGCUCCAUUAUUCCGGGGGCCACCAGCAGCAUCAGCAACCAUCACCACCACCACAAAAAUCCACAAAACACCAUCAGUGAAAAUCAGACUCAGACAACGACAACAGGAAAUCAUUUCUGUCGCCAAGUCCAGAUCAGCGUCUAGCCACCACUCCUUGCCGCUACUCGCAGGCUGUGUGUCUCGGAAAGGAGCAUGAGAGAUGGCUAAUGGGUUGGAAGGCACAGGCCAAGGGCUGGUGGCUGGAGGUCUGGGUAUCGUCGGCCCCACGCCAUCCUUGCCCAACCACCCUGGGGGCAUCAGGGUCCUCCUGGCUCUUUGCUCUAAGAUGAGCUAAGCAGGAUUUGCACUGAUGUGGUCUCCACAACGAUCCAGAUGCUACAAGGAGGUCAAAGGUCCCCUUCAAACUGCCAAUCACCCCAGGCAGUGGAAAAACAUCAUCUCACAGGGGACUGAUCCCCGUAACAUACGGUUGGCAACAGCUGGCUAAUGAGCCCUGAUUUAAAACUCAGUUGGCAGGAUGACUUCCUACAGGGAGCAGGCCAAGAGGAUUGCAAGAGGGACUUGAUUCAUGAAACCCGCUUCCACAGCUCAUCCCCGCUGCCCAGGUUCAGGAUGCAGAAAAGGCGCGGCCCCUGCAGGAAAAGCUCCGAGUUGAGUCAGCCCCAGCCAGGACUCCACCUGCCGUUCUAAGAGAGCCGAGCUCUCCCCAAAGCUUGCACAGCCCUUCCACCCCAGCCCGCCUUCUCGAAGCCAGUAUUCCAGCUGAUUCAGAGGGGAACUGGAUAAUAUUCCCCACAUCCUCUUUCUCCUGCUCCCCCAAGAAAAGUCAAUGCCUGCUUUCAGAAGGAAACAAUUCACUGUACCAACGUGUUUGUCUGGCACUGGCCUGAGAUUCUAAUUUUGAGGAAUGAUCUGGAUUCAGUUUUUCAUUAGAGACCAAACAUCCUUGUACAUUUGGAACAUGAAAGAUAUUUAAAAUAUUUAUAUAUAUAUAUAUAAUAUAUAUAUACUUUUAUUAUUCACCCGUUAAUUCCAUAAUAUGCCAAUCACGAGCUAGUUUUCAGCAGUUACAUUCCCUUGACCAUGGCUGCAUAAUGAUGUGAUUAAUUGGAAAACAGGGAGACCAGAGACACGGCCAGAGGUGACAUCACGCAGCCUACGCCAUUGCAAUACAAUCAUCAAGUUCAGUGGCGGUUUGUAAAACCAGUUCAGUUCUGGUCCCUUUGCCAGGGAUUCUCACGUUUGUGAAAACUGGACCAACAAGUGGUGGGGCUCCAUUUCCUGGUUUGAAUUCUCAGUGGCUUUAUCCAGAAUCUCACUGGCAACUGGUUACUGUAACACCAGCCCAACCUAGGAGAGCCAAGGGGGGAGAGGCAGAGUUGAGGUGACAGCUGUCCAAAGCCUCUCCCACUCCCCCGCCCAGUCCUGCAGUCCCAAUGACUGGUGGAGCCCGCAGAGCGCCACCGUGCUCAGUGAGCAGGCUCACAGCGAGCCCGGGGCUCUCACCCAACCUCCUCUGAUGCUUUAUACACCAGAUCUUUUAAUGAAAGCAGCUGCGGCAGCCUGAGGACUACUGGGCACAAGGGUGCCCUCACCUGUCAGUCAUCCCGUAAACGCCAGCUACCCCCAUGGCCCUGAGCCACCUUUUGGAGCUGGCGGGGGAGGGAGGGCCACACUGGGAUAAGGGCAGCAGCCCAGCAGAGGAAAACCCCCUCAGGGCCUCAGACUCUCCCUUCCUGCCUGACUGGGGGCACGCGACUCGCACAGUGUCCUGAGACGGUCCUGAAGCCCUGCCCCCAGUUGGAUGCGGCAGCUCACCGGGUGGGAGGAGAGGCUGGAGACUACCUUCCUGCUUCUGCGCGGCUCUAGGGCCCAUGCCCUCCGCCACCCUCACAUCAGCUGCUGAAAGGAGAAUACAGACCCUCCUAGUCUGGUCACCAGAGGGAGGGACUUUUCAAGGGUCCAGACUGAUGCUGGAUCCCAGACCCGAGGUCCUGGUUCCGUUGGAGACGCCAAUUCCCUGACCCACACAGGCCCAGCCGUGGGCCUGACUGCGAGGGAGCUCGGUGGGAGGCGGCACCUAGCGCGUACGUACCUUCUCUGCCCCCAUGCUGGGGCACUUCCAAUUGUAAAGGUAAUACUGUAGGUUGCCGUCCCCUAUGCCAAACUUGAGCUUCUCCAGGAAGGUUUUGUUCUCCAUGAGAUCCAGUGCAUUGAAUACGUCAAACCCUUUCUGCAUGGCAGCAGGGAGAGACAAGAACAGGUGAAACAGGUGAAAGCUACCUCACCUUCCUGCCCUUUUCUAUCAUAUCAAAACCAUCCACAGGCGGCCAGGGGAGCAAUCUUCCUUCAGAAGCUCCUGCUGCUUCCAUGUUACAUCCAGACUGCGGCCAGCACCCCGCUCCCUGGGGGUGGUUCUUAUGAUGGUCUGAGCACCCUGCCCGGCCUCUCCUCGGCGUGCGCCUCAGUACACACUUGUGUACUCAGUGUCCAGGCCACCGCUCCCACUGUUCCUUGUUACACUUCCCUGAAACACUCUCGUAAUUUCCACAGCCCUCUCUGGAGACCAAGCCCUGAACCUUUUCCUCUGAAAAGCUGACUCCCAUGAGCCACUGGGCAUUUGCACUGCUCCCUCACUCCCUGACAUUCCAACUCUGAGGCCUCUGUGCACCGAGGGAUUUUACGACAUUUGAUACGCUGCUUUGAGGCUGCAACAGACACUUCCUAAAUCUCACCAGCUUGAUCAGAAGCUCUCCCAGGGCAGCGACUGGCCUGUCAUUGUUCAGCUGGCGCACAGUGGGCUGGGCCAGGCGCAGGCAGAACCCAUGGGGCAGGACUGCCUGGAGACCUCUCCAGUGUAAGAGAAGCCCGGGCCCCUCCCCCCAUGCUCUACUGUCAGCCGCUCCAAUGACUCACCGCAACAGACACCGAUCUCCCCAUUCCCACCCUGGGGAGGUCGUAAGGAGAACACCUCUACUCCCCGAGCAGGCCUGGCUAUUCAGGCUCCUUGGCAGUGCCUACCGUGAGAACAAAACUCACUGAAAUAAAUCAGAAGGAGUUCAAUGCCUUCACUUAGUGUGGGCGCUCCUUGCUCCCUCCUAGUUUUGAGCUGCUGGCUGAAAAGUGCUAGGCUGGUGGAGCACGAGGGGGAGGAGGCCUCAAAGCUCCCAGCCUGUGGGCAGCUACCUGCGAGCCGUGCUCACCACCGCCCCACGGCCCCUUCCCUCUGAUCUGCUGCUUACCAUUUUGGCGAGAACGAGGGCGUCGCUCAUGAGGUCUAGAAGAGGGGUCUGGGUGUGAACGUUGUAGAAAGAAUAAGCAGCCUUUAGACUCUUGUGGGUCGGGUGAUUCAUGAUGGUGGACGGAAGUGUAUAAAAGCUCAGGAAAUCGGUCACCUCACCGUUUGCAUUCUGAAGGGCAGAAAAUAGGAAGAAGGCAGUGUCACAUGGGCACAGGGUUCCUGCAACCUGGGAAUAAAAUGUUUUCUACUGCACUCCACCACCCUCAGGCAGCUCUGCCGCUCUAGAUGAAUGGGUGGAAACUGAAACAGGAUAUGCACGGAGGAGAAAACACAUGGCCGGGGGAACUUGAGGACAGAACUGGAAGGAAAAUCCAGGGGGGGCUAUGGGCUGAACCUGCCAUGAUCCUUCCCCGCCUGUGGUGCCAGGGCCUUCUCACAGCUCCCAGGACCCAGCACACCUGGCCGGCACCAGACCAAGCGGGGACAGGCAGGGAGUUGAAGGCUCACCUGACCGAGAGGGGCUCAGCUCUCUCUACUGGGAGUCACCAGUGGGGGUGGGGGAGGGGGAGAGGAAGGGCUCAUCUUAGCCAACGCAAGCUACAACUUCCUGUCUUUAGUGGGGACCAAGCACGGAUGGUCAAGGAAGUCUAGGGUGCCAACACUCCCAUCAAUCGCUCUUCAGUCACCGAGGCUGGGGACUCCAGCCACUUAGGGAGGACGCCUCCCCGCCAACGGGGCAGAGGCCCAGAACACCCCUCCCCACUCACCUCCACCACAAAAGUGUCGAUGAUAUUCUCCUGGGGGUAGAACCAGUGUUCCACCUCCUCUUGGCUCAUGACUGGUGUGAGGUGAAACUGCUUCAGGUACUGGGUGAGGAGCUUGUGCACUACUGCAAUGUCCUUUUUUUCCAUUGGUCGCAGCCCAGCUGUCUUGGGAGUCUGGAAGAAAGAACCAGAGAGCAUCAGGUGUGCUGACCAUGAGCACCUUGGCUCCCUCUCAAGUCCUACAUGAACCAAAAACCUCACACUGUCUCCCUUCCUACCCCGACCCUGAGUCUAUCCACCCAGGCCCUCGAGAGAGACUCCUCAGUUAUCCCAGGCAGCUCCCUCUCACCCACUGUCCACAUCCACUCCGGCACAAGUCCUGCCCCUGCAGUGUCUUUGGCCCUUUCCCUCGUGGUUAAGGCUGCCAUCCUUGACUAAGGCUGCGUCAAUCUCUUAUCCACAUGGCCCAGGCCGGCUUCCUAAGAAAACACAGCCCGUCACACCCCUCCCUGUUCCAAACUCCCUAACACAGAACACAAGACCUUCCACCCUCGGGACCAGUGGCUGUUCUGGCUGUGAUCUUCUGUCUCUCUAGCCCAGUGGCUCUCAGCAGGAGCAAUUUUGUCCCCAGGGGACAUCUGACAAUAUUCAGAGACAUUUUUGGUUGUCACAACUAGAGGGAGGGGUGCGAUGGCAUCUAGUGGGUAGAAGCCAGGGAUGCUGCUAAACAUCCUACAACGCACAGGACGGUCUCCGUGAUGAAGAAUUACCCAACCCAGGGACUUCCCUGGUGGCGCAGUGGUUAAGAAUCCGCCUACCAAUGCAGGGGACACGGGUUCGAGCCCUGGUGCGGGAAGAUCCCACAUGCUGCAAAGCAGCUGAGCCCGUGCGCCACGACUACCGAGCCUGCGCUCUGGAGCCCGUGAGCCACAACUACUGAAGCCCACACACCUAGAGCCCGUGCGCCACAACAAGAGAAGCCACCGCAAUGAGAAGCCUGCGCACCGCAAUGAAGAGUAGCCCCUGCUCGCUGCAACUAAAGAAAGCCCGCAUGCAGCAACGAAAACCCAAUGCAGCCAAAAAUAAAUAAAUAAAUUUAUUUA